GACUCCAUUAUUCUUCUAAAGCCAUCGAAAGUCGAAACUACUAGCUUUUCAUUGUCCCUCUCUUCGCUAUCCUCUUCUUCGUAAUCUCCUUCGUCCGCGUAUGAUGAAUCCAUGGUAACGAAUUACCAAGAACGGUGAAAUUAGUGGAGAUCCGACAUGAAAUCGUUCUCAAUAAUUGACUUGUCUUUGCAGAGAUCAUCGGCUAAUUUCAGUGUCGGAAUUGAUCAUCUGAUUCACGAUCUCGAUCCUCUCUGCAAGACAUUGGCAGAGCUUUGCUGCGGAAGAAACUACAGGCAAUGUUGGCUUCUCCAAAAGCAUAAUAACCAGUUCAUGAAGCAGAAGCAGAUUCUCAGAACAACAGACGUUGACAUCAGGCUACCAUUGCUAGUUCAUGUUUCGAGAGAGAAGCGGCCUGGUUACAUUGAUCCACAGAUAACAAAGAUUGGUGUCGUUGUACGUGUUUUGAUCAGCUGAGAGUAUUAAUCAGAGAUAAAGCAAGUAUCAAGCGCACAAGUGAAAGGCAAGGAAAAAGAGACAGAUUGUUGAAGUGAAGAAACACCAUGUGACACAGAUUUGGAACACUCCAGCUCGGGAGUAAGGUCAGAGACCAACACAUGAAAACAUACUAUAGUCAUACAAGUCAAUCUAAAAUUACACAAAAAUUCUGAUACAAAUAGGAGCAGCAACUCCAUAAGGUUAAAACCAAAACAAAACCAGAGAUUGAUAAAUAGGAUGUAAACAGGUGUUAAAGUAACAGGUAGCUUAUGAGAUAAGCCAACAGUGUC